AUGUUUGCCCACGGAAUUAGGUUUUUGACUGUCAUCGGCCUGCUAGCUCGCCACUCUUUAGCGAUAGACUGUUACCCGGGCACUACUGUGCGCAGGGAGGAAUGUGAAAACGCAAUCUCUCAAAUAGUCUACCGCGACGGUGUUCUUGGUAAAGCAUCUAAAUCCUUCGGAUACGUUAACGGAGACUGUUCUAUCAUCGUCCAAAAUCCAAAGGGCGCUGACCCGGCACCUACUAAGAAGCAAAUUGAACGCGCCUUUGCCCAAAUUCUUGAUAAAUGCCAACCAGGGACCGGAGGGAGCAAACUCCCAUCUAACGAGACAGUACUUUUGAACAUCGGUAACCGCGGCCUUAAACAGUUUAACAUUUACGACUCGGAUUUCCCGUUCUUGAAGGAAACCUGUGGACUUAACUCCAAUGCGCCUGAAACCAAGAAGGAAGAUUGUGUGAAGGCCUACGAGUCUAUCGGUAUCAGCAUCGAGGGUGAAUUCCUCGAUGAUAAUAAACUGAUGUCCCCUAAAAUUACGAAGACCUUUAAAUCAUGCACUGUAUCCAUUUCCACGUCCGAUGAAUCCGACGUUAUCGCAAACCGGCAGGUUGUUCGCCCCACAUUUGACAAGUUACUUGACCGGUGCAACGGCAAAUCCGGUGUGGUUAGCUUGAAGGAAGGAGCUGCAGGAGACAACGGUCGAGUUAUUUUGAAGACCAGAAGCAGCGUCCUCUGCGGUAACAACGACCCCCAAAAGCAAGUUUGCCACUAA